AUGGUUGAUGGCGGUGGGAUUGGUGGGAGCGAUGAAAGUUUCAUUUCGUUUGCAUUUGCCAUCGUCUCGGUGGUGAUGAUUAUUCUCUACAUUCCGUGGCUUAUUCGUCAUGUGCGAUCCGCCGUUGAGUAUUACGGCUCCUCGAGGAAGAAGCGAUCCGGGAUGAUGAGUCCCAUUGAGGGUAUGUGGGACUCGCUUACGUACAUCCCGCGGGCGUUGGCCAUGCUGGCGAUGAACCCGGAUAUGCUGGCGACGGGCGCACGCGUCUGCUGGGACGAAAAGAUUUUUUUUCUACGUUGUGUGAUGCCAAAGUUUCUCAAGUUUACCUUUCGACCAAAAAUACUGGUGCUUUGGCUCUGGGCGAUUUUGUUCUCCUCAGCAAUGUAUGUGACGCUCACAUUUGACGCGCAUGCAAUUCUCGGGGUCGCCCCUUCUGCCACGACGAGUGAAAUCAAGAAGGCGUACCGCGCCCUCUCCAAGAGAUAUCACCCGGAUCACAACAAGACGGAUGAGGCACGAGUCAUCUACGUUCAGGUGCGUCGCGCAUACAAAGCCCUUGUGGACCGUGAAGCAUUUGAAGAGGAGGAGUCUAAAAACACUCACGAGUUCUCCGUAGGAAUUGCUCUUCCGCGCUUCCUUACGUCACGUGAACAUGAUGGAUUGGUACUUUUUGGUCUUCUCGGCAUUCUCAUUGGUGUCCCCAUUAUUGUUUGGUACAAGUUUAGAGGAACACAAAAGAUCCCCCACUUGUUGUGGCGCGUUUACUUUGACAAGGAGCGGGUGACGAGUUUUAUGAAACAUUUUGGAAUUCCUGAGGAUGCAAAGUACGUUGAACGACGUGACUCGCGACGGUGCACUCUUCAGGUGCUCAUCUCGCUGGGCAUUCUUCCACCAAACACCCGUGAAAGUGUUUUGGUCAAUUUUCCGCCCUUUCCGGACUUUAUCACACGUUGCGUGGAGGUGGACAAAAAUAUGGCUUAUCUGCAGAACUUUUUGGAUCCUACCGCUAUUGAGAUUCUUCAUGAGUACAUGGUUAGCAACGGUAUUCGGCUACUUGAUGAGUUUGAGGCCGCUCAUGUAGAGGCGAAUCCAAGUGAGUCUUUGGAUUUUAAAGCGAUUUCACUCGCCAAAUACAAAACCAUUCGCUACCUUUUUUUGCAGCACCUCGUGCAAGUUGAUGAGGCUCUUGAAGAAUUGCUGGAGGCCAUGGGUGGAAACCUUCCCAGCGCAAGAAAACUACUGAACCUUCAUGUAGAGUUGCUUGACCUCCUUCGUUUGGUUUUUGAGUGUGAAGGGAAGCCCUUGAAACAGCAUGUACAAAAACUCAUUGCAAUUCCGCAACGAGUUUCUGAUAUUUUGGAUUCGCUUGAGCCCGAGAUUGAGACAAUUUACAAGCGCCUGUAUAGAAACAGCUUGCAGCAACAGCUUGGGAACAAGUAUGAGCGCCGACUUUUCAAAGCCAGCAUGCGCAGAGUGUAG